GGGGCUUCAGUGAAUCCAUCCAAAUGCAACGGAUUCUGGUGCGGUUCCUGGGCCACAAAACCUCGUUUUUUUGCAGGGAUAGAGUGGAAUCAGGGUCCGAUCACAUAUCUCGGAGUACCGCUCUCACAAAUUCGUAGUAGCUCGACCUACUGGUCCACCCUUGCGACCACACUGAAAAGGAAGGCUGAUGCGUGGAAGGGUAGAGAUAUUUCCAUCUUUACUAGGGCAAGUGUCUGUAAUAUAUUCCUCGCUUCAAAGCUUAUGUACGUUCUUCAAGUGCUUCAUUGCGCUCGAACAGACAUCCAAAAAUUCCAUAGAAUAUUCGCCACUUUGAUAUGGUGCUCAACGUGGGAACGUGUUAAAAGGGACAACCUAUUCCUCCCUCUCGAAUCCGGUGGUUUAGGACUGUGUCACAUAUUUGUCCGCCAGUUAGUGUCAAGAUUCUUUUUCUUUAAAAAUGCCAAUCACGAGUUUCUUAGAGUUAUACUCCAAUCACGCCUUGCUGAGAGUUUAAAUUAUCUUGUUGUUUCAACUGGCGAAACGUCGAAAAAUAGGCCCUGGGGAUUUUUAAAGGAAGUUGUCGAUACCUUAAAUUUCCUGAAAACACGGUUUUCAUUGGAAUAUUUGUUUAGCGUGUCCAGGAAGACACUGUCAAGGAAUAUUACGGAAAGCUUGUUUUCACUACCACUCUAUCGUACCCGUUUCACGCUAGAACCCAUCAAUGAUGUUCUCAAAAGAGUCAAAAAAAUGGGCGUGCCUCCCUCAACCAAGACGUUCUUCUUCAAAUUGCAUACAUCAACCCUACCAGUAAAAACUUACCUCCAGGAAAAAGGAAUAUUUGUACCGUGGACUGUUAAUUGCAGACUCUGUAACAAGCCAGAGACCAUAGAGCACUGUUUUAUUUAUUGCAACGACGCGUUUUUGUUUUGGAAUGUUCUACAACGCACGCUAAAGAAAGAUCUAAUUCUUAAUGACUACAGUCUCCGCUUCCUCCCGUUCGCUGAGAAAGAAACCGUCCCGUACGACAUGUUCGCUCUGUUGGGACUUCAUAGUCUAUGGAAAUGUCGCAUGAUCGACAGACACGCAGAGAAACCCCGUACGACAAAAUCUCUUUUUCUAGAACUGGUAGCGCAAGUGAGGAGCGUAUACGCUUCACCUCACAGCCAACCAGAGUGGUUUGCCCUGUUCGAUGCAUGUCUGGGUCUCCCAGAUUUCUGAAUGCUCUAUUGACGAUAUAUCCUUCUGUGACCAUUGUGUUACACUCGUCGACGCAAUUUCUGUCUCAAUUUAUCACAUCCACUGGCCACAUGUAUAAGAUGCCAUAUAUAAGGUGUGUGUGUGUGACAUUGGUAUGUAAAUAAGG